UGUUCUUGGAGUUGCUUGAUUCGCUACCUCCGUAAGAGCCAUAGGUCAUCCGUUUCCCGCGAGACUCUGCCAUUUUUAUUUUCCUGAUACGGCUUGCGCACCGGCAUCUCGCCGCAUUACGCGACACCAGCCUAACGGAGCAAUGAGCAUACUGGAUUCUCGACUUAGCUCUUUCAGACCAAAUGGCUUUGGUAGUUUCGCCGUCCUCGAGCAAGAUGACCAAACUUCUCAUUAUCGAGUGUAAUUUCGACGCUGCUCGAUUUUCCCUACUUAUCUGCAGUUAACUCUGAGUCGUCUAAUCAACUAGUCACUAGCCUUCCACACUCUCCCGUGUAGGUUUCUUUCUCUCGUCCAGCUUUCAAGGUAGCCUAUUCCACAAUCACUCGCGCAUCCCGCUAACUAGCACAGCUCCGUACCUAACGCUUUUAGCCACAUCCCAGCUAACAGUCGCACGAACUAGAUCGCCGACAUCGUCGCUAUCUCUCUCCCUAUCCAAUUCAAGCGCAGCAGAAAGGAAGUGGUCGCACGAUGAUGUCAGGCAGAGGUGCCGCUGCUCCCAGUAAAGGACCGGCUGCGGCAGCGGCUAAAGCAGCAGCAGCAGCAUCGUCGUCGUCGAGUGGGUUGUCGCAGUACAUCGACCCGGUGUACGAGGACAUCCACGCGCCCAAGUACUUCAACUUCUGCCGCAAGGACGAGGAGGAGGCGCUGCACUCCGGCGACUCGUGGUUCGACCAGGCGCACGAUGGGGAGAUGGAGGACGACGGGGACAGCGCCGCGUGGGCCUUCCACGCCGCCAUGAGCGCCAUCACGCAGAGCUCGCCCGCCCCCAUGCCGCACGGGCCGCCGUCGAAAGCACAAGCAGCAGCACCUGCAGUAGCGGAGAAGCAGCCCUCCUCGGCGUCUAAGAGGCGUCAACAAGCGUCGCCGGACGACGCGCGAGCUGCUGCUGCUGCUGCUGACACGCCCCCCGCUGCCGCCCCCGGCCCCGCUCGUGUGCGCGCUUCCGCGGCGGUUGCUGCUGCUAACCGGCCAGCUCCGGCUGCUGCUGCUGCUGCUGCUUCCCCUUCGCCGAGUAAGAAGAAGAGAGAUGUGGCGACCGGAUCGCCUGCUGCUGCUGCGACUGCUGCUGCGACUACUGCUGCGACUGGACGGGCGUCGCCGUCAGAAGUCUGUCGCUCGCUCAGCUUCGCUACCGACAAGCCCAAUGGAACGCCCUCCCGCGUGCGCGGAGUUCCCGUCACCCUCGCGCCAUCCAGGAGCGCGUCGUUCCGCGGGCGGCUCAUUGCGGCGGCGCAGGAGGCACGGGAGGCGCGCGGGGAAAAGGCGGAGAGCAAGGCGAAGGGCGCGGAAGAGAGGGGCAAGAGGGCCGAGGACGGGGGACAGACGAGCGCAACGGCGGGCGCAACGAAAUGUGCGGAGGCGGAAGCGGAAAACGCGAAGAGCGCGGAGAAGGGCAAUGCUUCCGCGUCUGCCGCCCUUGGCUGCAGCGGCGCACAAAACGCGCGCGCGCAAGCGGAAGCGACGAUCCGGAAGGAGGCGGACGGGAAAAGCGGAGACGCAGGCGGAAUCGGCGGAGGCGGCGGAAGCGGCGGAGUCCGCGGAAAGGUGGAAGCGCAGGCGGUGAUCCAGUCGUCGCCCGGCGGGCGAUGCGUGAUGGCGACGGUUUCGUCGCCCGCCGUCGCACAGGGGUCGAUGCAGGCGACUGCGACAGCGAGCGCGUCGCUGUUCGAGCCGUCGCAGAAUGCGCCGCCACUCUCCGCGAGUGCCGCCGGGAAUGACGGGGGAAGGGCGCCUGUAGCAACAGCGACGGCGACUGCGACGGCAACGGCUAGUGCGAGGGUGUGCGUGGGAGACGGAACGAGGAAGGCAGAAGUUACGGAGUUGGUGGAGAAAGCACCGGUUGCCGGUGGUGGUGGGGCAGAGCAGAUGCGUGCACCUGCUGUGACCCCUGCUGCAGCAGCAGCAGCACGGGAAGCAGCGGCAGCAACCAUCCAAAGAGCACUAGCGGCGGCGCCAAUUGGAGGGGGGUCAAGGACACCAGCAGCAGCACCCGCUGCACCCGCAGCAGCACCCGCAGCAGCAGGUGGCGUCACACGUGCCGAGUUCCCAAGUGAGCAGCCCACUGGUGUGUCCGCGUCCGCGUCCUCCUCUCUGCGUGUGUCUGACGUGUCAUCUCCGGGCGGUAGCAGCUGCUCCACGUCAGCCACGCCCGGCGCGCAGCGGCCAGGUGGCAGGCUCCUAGUGUGCAACAACGCCCUUUUCAUCACGUCGCCUGGCUCGUCCAGGGGUACCCCCGGCAAUACCAAUACGCCUGUAGCAGUAACGCUCGCACAUACUGGCUUUGCAGGUGCCUCUGCUUCUGCUUCUGCGCUCACCCCUGUGCUCUCUGCUGCUUCUGCUGCUUCUGCUGCUUCUGUCUGUGGUGCUAGUAGUGAUGGGAGUGGGACUGGCGGCGCUGUCGUCGCUGCUGCUGCUGGUACUGAUAUCGGGCAUGCUUGUAACGGAGAUGGUGCUCCAGACCCUGCCCCUCCUGCUGCCACUCCUACUGCCGCUGAUGCUCCUGCUGUUGCUGCAGACAGCACCAAUACUGUUCAUGCUGCUGAUUCUGCCGCUGCCGCUGCUAGUGCUGCUGCUGCCUCCCCACCUGCAUCCAAGCCAGUAAAGGCCUCCCAGCCAUCGUCCCCUGCCAUAGGGCGGGAGAACAAGGCGCCCUGUAACAACAACAACGGCGGCAGCACCGUCAGCAGCAGCAUCAGCAGCAGCAUCACAGGGAUCCCCUCUUUCAGGCGCCACCACAAGCACAAGACACCGGCAGCAGCAGCAGCAGCAGCAGGUGCUGCUGCUAGCGCCAACGCCAGUGCAGGAAGGAUCAUCGGCAGCAGCAACGGCAGCAGCAGCACCAGUAGUCCCAGCCCUGCUGUCCCUGCGGUGCCUGCCGCGCCUGCAUCUGCUCCUGCCAAGCCCGCUGGUCGGUCCCUGUGGCAGAAGAUCACCGGCCUUGCCUCUGCUGCUUAUGUCAAGAAGAGCCCUGGGAAAUGGCAGGCUGUGCCGUCGUCACCAACACCGGGGGUUGGCUGCCCUGCGUCCGCGUCUUCUGUUCCUCCUGCUGCUCCCCCUGCUGCCGGUGCUGCUGGUUCUCCUGCUGAUGGUGGGGGGGAUGCUGCAGGGAGUGCUGAUACGCCUGGUUGGUUCACGCCGCCUGUUACCCCAACGUCUGUUAGCCACUUCCGUACGCCUAUUGGUGCUUCGCGGCUACCUGUGCCGCCAGGCUCAGCACCGCCAGGGCUGGCUUCCAGGCUCGGUGAUCCUGCUUCGGUGGUUCGGCCUGGUUCGGUGGCAGCAGUUGUGAAGAUACUAACUGCUAGCAAUGGAAAGGUGGUGGCAGGAGGAGGAGGGAGAGAGGGAAGGGGAGGGGGAGGAGGAGGGGUGAGUCCUGGCUUUGGUGGUAGAGAAACGGGAGGGUUGGAGAGGAGGAGGUGGGGAGAGAGGGGUGCUUGUGUCGGGAACAGUCGUCUGGUGCGUCCCUUGGUGAUGGCCUUUGAAUCGGCUGCUGGUGCUGGCAGUGGUGGUGGUGGUGCUGUUGCUUCUUCUGCUGGUGGUGCUGCCGCCGCUAGUGGUAUGGCUGGUUCUCCGAGGAUGGACGGGAAGGAGAAGGAGAGGAGGUGGAGGGUGGGGAUAGGAAGCGGGCCAGGGCUCCUCGCAAGGAGUAGGUCGGUGGGGAGUGUGAAGGGGGCAUUGGGUGUGGUAGAGAAGGGAGAGGGGGUCAAGAAGGAUCAGGAGAACUUGGGGGAGGGUGAGGUUCGGGAGCGGAAGGAAGAGGCUCCGCCGCUGCCGCAACAGGAGCAGAAGGAGCAGAGAGGGGAAGAGAAGACGGCAGCUCUUGCAAGGGAGGGAGAGGGUGCACGAAGGGAUGGAGCCAUGGAAGGAGAGGGCGUGAGCGCGGUUGGCGUGGUGAAGCAGCAGGUGGCGCAGCUGCAGGAGCUGAUACAGCAGCAGAGAGGCGCGGAGGAGAGGGGGAAGGGCCCGGGGAAGGGGAAGGGGAAGGCGGAGGGGGCGGAGAGCGGAGCGGGGGGAAAGCAGCAGGGGGGCAUUGUGAGUGGUGUGGGAGGGAAGGGAGUGAGGGCAGGGACGGGAGAGGGAGUGGGAGGGGGAGGGGGAGGGGGGUUGGUGGGUGGAGGGGGAGCGAGGCAGAAGGGUGGGAUUCAAGUGCAGUCACGGCUGGGGUUGCCGAAGAAGAGCAAGGAGAGUGGGGAGACGAAAGAGGGAGGGGCGGGUGCUAGUGGGGCUAGUGCUGGCGGGAAUGACAUGGCUUCGAGGCUGAGGGAAAGGAAGGAGAAGCUGGAGAUGGAGAGGAGGGAACGAGAGGAGAAACGGAAAGAGCUGGAGGUUCGGAGGGCGGCUGCUGCUGCUGCUGCCAGGCCUGCACCUGGCCCCUCUGCUGCAGCUGGCACCAGCCGCAGUGGAGCGACGGCUGUAGCAGGGAAGGCGGCAGCGAGAAAGCCUGUAGCAGGGAAGGCUGUAGCGGCAAAGGUGGUGCCUGGGAGGGUGGCCGGUGGGGUUGCGGCUGGUAUGAAAGGUGGGGUUGGGGUUGGUGUUGGUGUAGGGGCGAAGCUGAGGCGAAAGUCAGUUGCUCCUUUGAGCAUUCAGAAGGCAGUGAUGCAGGGGGGCCGGGAGAGGAGGAGCAGGGAGGGUGAGAGGAAGGGCAAGGAGGAGCGUACGGAGCAGAGAGAGCCUGCUGCUGCUGCUGGUGCUGCUGGUGCUGCUGGUGCCUCUGUGGAUGCUGGUGAUGACCACCCAGGUUCUUCCAAGGCUGAAGCACAGGCGCAAGCACAGGCGCAGGCACAGGCGCAGCCACAACCUCAGGCACAGGCACAGACGCAGGCACAGGGACCAGCAACGGUGGCGCACACGUGCUCUGGUGGCCACCAUCAUUCCCAUGCUGCGGGCGCAGCAGGAGCAGGAGGUGCAGGAGGAGCAGGAGGUGCAGGAGGUGCAGGGGUGAGAUGUCGCAACCCCAAGUGUGCGGCGAACGAUGAGAGCUUUGCAGCGCGGGCCAAGUUGCCUCAGAGGAACUUUCUGCGCGCCCGUAGCGGGCUGCAGCGAGUGACGGCACGCGGGGGAGGUGCACCCAGGGCAGGCGCCGCUGCUCCUGCUGCUGCUGCCCCUCCUGCUGCUGCAGCUGCUGCUGCGCCUGUCUCUCCUGCUGCCGUUGCCAGAGUUCCUGAUGCUAGUCUAGUUGCCGGAGUCAGUGCUGGCCCCCAGUCAACGCAGCAGCAGCAGCAGCAACAGCAGCAGCAGCACGGGCAAGCGAGCUCACAGGCCCCUGCAGCAGCCACCACGGCUGUGACAACAGCUGCUGCUGCAGCGGCAUUUGCGGCAGCAGCAGCAGCUGCAGCAGGAGGAGGGGGAAAGAAGAGGGCGGAGAGGGAUAUAUCAGCGAGCUUGGACAUAGGGCAGGUGAGCGGGAUAGAGGAGAUCGACCUGCUGGAGUUGCUGGGUCCAGACUCAUAUCUUGAUGAUGCUUAUGACGGUGGGGAUGGUGGGGAUGGUGACGGUGGUGAUGGUGCUGAGUCUGCUGCUCCUGUCCGCAGCACAGCAGUGCUGAUUGCUGAUGCUGACAGUGCUGCUCCCUCUCCUCCUUCUCAUGCUGCCUCCCCUGCUGAUGCUCCUGAUGCUGAGGCUGAUGCGGCCUCUUGUGCUGCUACCAGGGGUCACGUUAGCGGGGUGUCUGAUUCUCGAAGCUCCUGCGGCAGCAGCGCUGUGGGUGCCGCGUCUGUUGCUCCUGCUCCUGUUCCUGCUGCUGCUGCCGCUGGCGCUAAUGCUGCUGUAGCGGGAGAGGAAAACGGGAAGGCUGCUACUGCUCCUGCACCUGCUCCUCCUCCUGCUGCUCCAAUCCCGCCUGACGUUGACUGUCCUGCACCAUCAGCCACUCCCGUGCGAGUCAAGACCACACCCGUGCACACAGCAGCCGCACCGCAUGCUACUGAAGCGGGUGAAGAGAGAAUGAGGCGCAGCAGCGAUGGGGGGAAUUUGUUCACAGAGGCGACUGUCGAGGUGACGUCUACCCAGACGUGCACGCCUGGGGGGAGCAUAGUGGAGAAGACGUGCAUUGCUGUGUGCCAGACGACUGGCAAGAAGAAGGGGAGGAGGGGGGCACGCAUGGUAACUGGCAACCACAGCAGCAACGGCAGCAAUAUCAGCGCCAACAUCAGCAGCAGCAGCAGUUAUGGUGCCAGGCAGGGGAGCCCGAGACGCAGCAGCAGCAGCAGCAGCAGAGGGGCGGGCAGGAGGAGGAGCCCCCAGGCAGUCAUGUCUGGCGCACCCAAAUGGGCUGUCUCCAGGGAGAGGAGGUUGAGGGUGCGGGUGACGUCUCGCUUCAAGGAGUACAAGCACACGGCAGCGAGGAAGCUCUCGCUGGUGGAUAAGAUGACCGCGCAGGCCCACGCCCAUGCCCAUGGCUCCCUCUCCAAGGGCUGGUCCACGUCAGUGUACGUGAGCACGCCGGCAGGCAGCACAGAGGUGCAUGCCACCAUGCCAGGCUCAGCCACUCCAGCCUCGCCCUCCUCUGCUCGGCAGCUGCAGAAGGAGCAUGCUGCUGCUAGCGCUGCUGUGUGCCCCAACACCACCACUGCUGCCACCACUGUUGGUGCCAAGGCACGCGACGCCUCUCCUGUGAAAAGGCUCAACCUCUUCCCUGCUGCAGCUGGGGCUUCAGAUGCUGCUGGGGCAGGGGGGGGUUCCAGUGGGGUGAAUGCUACAGCAGCAGCAGCAGACUCUUCAGCAGGGGGUGCAGCAGUGGGUGUGCAGGGACAGCAGCAGCAGCAGCAGCAGCAGCAGCAGCAGCAGCAGCAGCAGCAGAUGCAUGGUGGGUCACUCUCAGGUGACGGUAGCAGCAGCAGCAGCAGCAGCAGCAGCAGCAGCAAUAGCAGCAGUAUGUCUGUGAUGGGUGGUGACUCUGGUAGCAGUCAUGGGAGCAGUGGGGGGACGAGUGAGAAGGAGGUGAGAGUGAAGGGCGAGGAGGAGAAGAGGCAAGAGGAGGUGCCAUGCAGUGGCAACGGUGCUUCAACUACCAAUGCUGCCCCCGCUGCCACUGCUGCCACCGCUGCGUCGGCCACUGCUGCUUCUGCUGCUCGGCCUGCAGCAUUCCAGCAUCAACAGCAGCAGCAGCAGCAGCAGCAGCAGCAGCAGAGGGAGCAUGGGUUUACAAUGCCAGAGCCUGAGCUGUACCUCAGGGGACUGCCCCACUUCACAUGUCCCGAUGAUGUGGUCCUCCACACAGACAGACGUGCCAUGGAGCGACUGGCGUACGACAUGCAGAUUGCAGUGAAGCAGCAGCACGAGGAGCAGGCGAGGAGGGAGGACGAGCAGAGGCAGCGGGAGAGGGAGGAGGAGGAGGUGCGGCGGCUGCGGCAGCAGAUGGUGCACAGGGCUCGACUCAUGCCCUACUUUGGACGACCGUUCAAGCCAGUCAGGUCCAGCAAGCGACCCACCAUGCCGCGCUCCCCUCUGCUGCUCACCAACGCCAGACAUGCAGGAGCAGCAGCAGCUCCGUAGCUCACUGAGGCGUCUCACGCCACUCCACCCAACAGACUGUCAGGGCAAUGUGGGUGCUGUGCAUUAGCAUGAUGGGGGUCAAGGUCAAUGAAGAGUGUGUUGGUACAAGGGCUGCUGAAGUGGAGUCAGUAGCAUAGCAGUCCCAUGUACGCACCCCUUCCUCCCUCUCCUCCACCUUUUUGUUGCGUUUGGGAACUCAGCUGCUCUGUCUAGCCAAGGCGUCUUAGUAUGGUGUAGGUAGUUAGUGGGUUUGAACAGUGAAGUAAUGUGAUCUUGUUGUGUAUACUACUAGUGUAGCUCAGAUAAGCAGCAACAUUCUAUUUCUGUGCAGAGAAUCAUUGGAUAUAUGUGUUGUUUGUAGUGUUAGUAUUGGAUGGUGUAAGGAAUUGGCAUUUCCUU